ACCGCUUUUAUCACUAGGACACCAUUAUCGACCAAAGACAGAUACAAACUUCGCGUAGAAUGAUGGCGACUUGGGCCAGGUUAGGUGCUAGUUUCCGGAGUAUAAUAAGAAAUGUGUCGUUUAACAGAAAUGUAUGGUACGGCGGUACUAUCGGAGCUGGCGCGUUGGGCUAUAUUUUAGCCAGUGGAUUUAUUCGCUACAAGUAUCAACCGCAAUGCAAGUUUUGGCCCUACAUCGUGUACGCGGAGGACGCUAAGUCUAAGGAAGCAGAGACCUCGGGGCAACCUCUGUCAACCAGACGUCUGCGAUUUAACCAGUUUGCCUCCGUGUUCUAUGAACAAGAGCCAUAUAUGACACCCAGAGACUUCCUCCAUUCAGUCUUGAUGGAAAAGGUCGACCCAAUCACCUCUGCAUGUUACAACUUGCAUUCACUACAAGCAUACAGCAAACUACACAAAAAGAUACUAACCAAAGCAGAUGUGGAGGAGAUGAUGAAGGUUGCUUCCAAGGCUGUGGCAGGAAAUAACCUAUUCAGAGGAAUCGGAGACAAAGGGCUAAUCUCUUACACAGAAUACCUGUUUCUCUUAACUAUUCUUACAAAACCUGAAACAGGAUUUCAUAUUGCUUUCAAAAUGCUUGAUAUUGAUGGUAAUGAGCAUGUGGACAGGAAGGAAUUUCAGAAGCUCAAGAAAAUAAUUGGACCAAGGAAAGCGUUUCUAAAGAAAGAUGUGGCAGAGGUUGCUGAUGAGGUCGAUACCACACUACAGGUGUUUUUCUUUGGGAAAAAUGGCUUAAGAAAACUGCACUACAGUGAUUUCUGCAGUUUCAUGGAAGACUUGCAGGCAGAGGUGCAAGAAAUGGAGUUCCUACAGUUUUCUAAAGGGAUGAAGACCAUGAGGCGGGAGGACUUUGCUGAAUGGCUGCUUCAUUACACAAAUGAAGAAGACAAUGAGGCUUACUGGGAAAACAUGAGGAAGAGGAUCCCGACUGGACAGAGCAUUACCUUUGAGGAAUUUAAGGAAUUCUGUCUCUUUACUUACCAUAUGGAGGACUUUGUCUUCUCAAUCAAAAUGAUGAGUGAUGCCAACAAGCCAAUAGGAAUGGCUCAGUUCAAACGAGCAGUGAAGAUAGCAACAGGUCAUGACCUUUCAGAGAAUGUUUUGGACACAGUGUUUAAGAUCUUUGACCUAGAUGGGGACAACUGUCUGAGCCAUAAAGAGUUCCUCUGUGUGAUGAAAGACAGAGUACUUCGUGGGCUAAGGAAUCAAUCCCAAAGUGACAUUUCUGGCUACUGGAAAUGUGUGAAAAGAGAGACACUGCAAGGAGCUAAAGAGGCACUCUCGGGAUCACGAAGCCCUGUCUAAAAGGAAGAGGUCUGCCUGGGAUUAUGAAAUUCAAGAGAAGAUUAAUACACACCUACAUGCAAGAGUUUGUUGUACUGACGCUUACAAAUAUAUUUUGCUUAUUGUUUACAUGGGUCCAAAAUAUAUUGCUAACGAAGUAAUAUUGUAAUUGGCCCAAUGCAUUAUAUAGUCUCAAUUGUGAAUAAAAUUAAUAUAUAGGUUAUAUGAAAUGUAAAAAAAAAAAACAAGUCGUGUCACUGCCUGCCAAGUCUGUGACAUUAUAUUUAGCUUCAGUUAUUUUGUGAAAUUAAAUUUCAGCCCUGUGCACUCCAACAAAAUAGCACUGUCGGUUUUGGUCUUGUGAGUUGGACAUAAGAAACACUUUUUUAUUUUGUCUUUAUUUGUAAUAUUGGUGUGGUGUUGUUUACUUUGAACCUUUUUUAUUCUAAUUGAUGUGAAGCUUUGCUGUUAUAAGAGGUUAUAACGUUAUCCUGUGGAUAUUCUGGAUAUGCAGUACAGAUUUAAUUAAUGAAUUCAAUUAUCACGCCAUAAAUCUAUAGCACCUUUAUGCUUUAGUCACUUUGAGGUGGUUUCCUGGACAGGGUUUUAAUAAACAUGGUUUUACAAACAUAAUUUACAAAAAACUGCCCCUGUAUGAUUUAGUGACUUUUGGAUUUUAACUAUAAGCCAUAUUGUAUAGGCUGUAAGUGGUAAAAUGAGGAACUUCUUUGUCAUAAAGCUUAUUGAGUGUCGUUCAGAUGUGGAACUGCAUCAGUUAAAAUCUUGUUUGCCUCCUUCAAAUCGAACACUCCUAUUGAGUUCUUGUUAUUUAUGAAGAAAAUAUAAAACCAUUUUGUUUCUUUAUUUUGAUUGUUGGUUUGUAGCCUAUUUGGUUUGUGGGAAUUUUCAGUGUGAUAUCACAGAAUAGUUUUGAAUUGCUAUGUCUUGAAAGAAACUGUAAAGUCAUUUCUAUCAGUUCUUUAAAAAUUGUGAAUAAUUUUUUUUUUUUUACUUUUAA